AGGUCUGUGGACAGGAUGGCUCUGCGCCCUGCGCCCCCGUUGCUUGUGGGGCUGGUGGCGGUCGCCCUGCUGGAGAGCAGCUUUGGCGGCUCCUCGCACUCCCUGAAGUAUUUCUUCACCUCCAUGUCGGACCCCAGUCAGGGGCUGCCCCAAUUUCUCGGUCUGGGGUUCGUGGACGGUGAAGUCUUCAUUUCCUACGACAGCAACAGCAGGACGUGGCAGCCUCGAGUCUCCUGGGUGGAGCAGGUGGGGAAGGAGGACCCCCAGUACUGGGACAGAGAGACCCAGAAAGUGCGUGGCCGUGAGGAGGCAUUCAAAGUUGGCCUGGAGACUCUGAGGAUUCUCUACAACCAGAGCGAGGGCCUUCACACAGUGCAGAGAAUGUGCGGCUGUGAGCUCAGAGGAGACGGGAGCAAAGGAGGGUUUAUACAGGAAAGCUACGAUGGGAGGACCUUGCUCACCUUUGACAAGGAGACCCUCACCUGGGUGGCAACCGACCCCCAGGCCCAGGUCACCAAGAGGAAAUGGGACUCUGAUCAAGGAUGGAAUCAGAGAAGGAAGGCCUACCUGGAGGAAAUCUGCGUUGAGCGGCUGGAGAAGUACCUGUCCUACGGGAGGGAGACGCUGCUGAGGACAGAGACCCCGGUGGUGACGGUGAGCAGCAGGACCGAGGCCGACGAUGGGAUGGAGACGCAUGUCUGCCGCGUGGAUGGCUUCUACCCCAAGGAGAUCGACGCCUCCUGGAGGAGGGACGGGGAGGUCUGGCUGCAGGACACCCUCCGUGGCUCUGUGGCCCCCAACGCGGACGGGACCUUCCACUACUGGCUCAGCAUCCGGAUCGAUCCAAAAGAGAGAGGCCGCUAUCGGUGCCACGUGGAGCACGAUGGCCUGCAGGAGCCUGUGGACGUGGCCGUGAAGGCUCCAGAAUCCGUCCUGCGGCUCAUCACCUUCGGCUGCGUUGUGGCUGCUCUUCUCCUGGUGUCUGCGAUUGCUGGGAUCUUGGUAUUUCUCAAGAAACGUCAGGAUGUCGACAAGGCAGCAUCAAUUCCGGAAUCCAACCUGGGGCUCAUCACUGGCUGCAUUGUGGCUGUUCUUCUCCUGGUGUCUGCUGGGAUCUUGGUAUUUCUCAGUAAGUGUCCCACCUUUGCUGGGUGGCUGUGA